CUCCUCAUAUGGACUGAAAAGGCGCCAAAGGAGAAAGCCGCCGCAGCACGUGACGCGUCUUGCCGGAGUGACCGGUGAUUUAUUAUUGUUUGGUUUUUCUUUUUAUUUAUUCGUCUACCUGCUGUUUGGGGUUCCAUUCUGUUGGAUUCGAACCAAUAUGAAAUUGCUGCUCGACUCGUCGUCGUCGCUCCUCUUCUCGCUGCUAUUGGCCCAGCUGCCCGUCUUCACGUCUGCCUCCCCGGUGCCUCCGCGGCGGACCGGCGACAUGGACAGGCUGUCCAACCAGACCAAAAGUCUCAUGAAGCUCACGCAGGAACUGCUGAGGGAGCACGCCUUCGAAUCUGACGUGGAGCCCCACAGGUUCAGGUCCCUGCCAGAAAUGAGCAACAGAUCGGCCAAUGAUCUCAACAACCUUGAGCUGAAGCCCACACUCUCCCAACUGCACGCCGACCUGAAGCUCUACGAGCACCACUUUGAGUGGCUCAACAGGGUGUCCAAGAAGCACCACCACCCGGCGCUGCCCAAGCUGGUGGAGGUGAUCAAGGAGAUGAAGUCGCUCAUCAAUCUCCUGCACCGUCAGAUGCAGAGGGUGGACGCACCGAAGCUGACCCCCGCCACGCCCUCCCUGCCGCCGCACCUCCCUUACCAGUUUGACGUGCUGCAGUCCAGCCAGGAGCUCCUGCACCACUUCAAGCUUUUCUGCGAUUGGGCAAUCCGAGCGUUCAUUAGCCUCAAGCCAAAGAUCACACCGGCUCAAUGAGAAUUCAUCCGAGCGGCACCGCACGGAGUCCCGUCUCGGGCGAUGAUGGGGAAGGGGGAUCUCGUCGCCGCACACUGUCGUCAACGGCAUCCCAAGAGGCCGCGAUAGCAGCUAACGGCAUACGCAGAGAUUCCUAUUUCUUUCCACCAGGGCCAAAGAGGAUGCGCUUUCGUGCAACUACAAUAACCGUCUGCCAGUGUAACCACGGUGAUCAUUAUUUCCUGAACUCUUUCCUUGUUCAUGACCAUGUUAUUUAUGUAUUUAUUUAUUUAUUGACUGCUAGUAAUUUAUUUAAUGUUAUUUAUUUGAAGUUGUUGCGCGUUACGUGGCAUCUUCCUUUCUUUCGUGACGUGCAUUUGUUUGACCACAUGCUUCUGGUUUUUCUUGUGUCUCACUGAUCUCCGAGGUAGCACUUCCUGAACGUCCGAUCAUUCUUUUGUUUCUUUCAACUAAUUACUUGGUGUUUGUGCGUUUAGUAGAUGUGGCAUACAUUUGAGUUUUUUGUUUUUUUUUCCCACAUAGUAGUGCCCUUACAGUUAAAAAAAUAAUAAAAAAAAUCCAAUAUGCCAGUUCGGUCAUGACAAGGAAUCUGCAAAAGUCAGAAUGGAGGUCGAAGACAAGUGAAUGCCUUUUAGUACCAGAGUCAGAGUAUCUAUUUUUGUAACGCCCGUUUCUCACGCUUCGCAUGAGGAGACAUCUCUAAUGUGGUAAAUUAGUUUGAGUGGACCCUGUUCUUGAGCACUGAUGGACCUGAUUAGAUUCUUUGCACAAACUCGUAGGAUUAGCUUCUUGGAUGAGUGAGGGGGCUAAUUUUGAAACAAUGCUUGGGGAUUUAAAAGGAAAAAAAAAAAGAUAUAUAUUUUUGUUUUGUUCGUUUAAGUUAAUAAAAUACUAUGUAUUGUGACACUCUGAUUACAUAAAGGUGUACAUAAUUGUACAUGAAUGUAAAUUGUUGUACAGUGCUUUGGGUAUAAUAUUGUUUUCUACAAUAUAAUUUAGAAUACCAAUUUUCUCACUAUCAUUUUUGUUCAUUCCUCUUCUAGUAUUUGUUACAGUAUUGGCUAUUUAUUUAAGUAACUUGGUGGAACUAUUUAUUUUUGUGCUGCAAGGGAGCAAGUCUCCUCUCUCUCUCUCUCUCUCUCUCUUUUUUUUAUACUUUUAUACAGUUUGUAUUCUAAUACACUUCAAUUACAAUGUAUGUUAAAUUAUUGUAACAUCGAGAUGCCUCCUUCCAGACACUGAUUGGCCUCAAUGUGAAAUACGUGCCUUGGUGAAAUAAAAACUACAGAAUGUGCGAAAGGGA